AUGACUGAGGAGGAUGCCCAUGUUCCUAAUGCAAUGGUGUUAGGUACCUUAUCAGUUUAUUCUGCAUAUGCCUGUGCAUUAUUUGAUUUUGGAGCUACGCAUUCAUUUAUCUCAUCUACAUUAAUUCGUAAGCAUGUCUUUCCUGUUAUAGCUGUGGAAUAUGAUUUGUGUGUCACCGCCCCUUUGGGAGUUGAUGUUAUUCUUGAUAGAGCUUGUGAGAAUUGUCUGGUUAUUAUUAUUGGUCAUGAGUUGUUAGCUCAUUUGCAUGUUAUAAAAAUGAGUGAUUAUGAUGUUAUUUUGGGAAUGAAUUUUCUGUCUGCUUGUCAUGCUGUAGUCGAUUGUCAUGCAAAAAGGGUAGUCUUUAAAAUACGUGUACAAGUAGAGUUCACCUUUCAUUGGAGUGAGUCUGAAUCACCGCCUUAUUUGAUUUUCCCCUUACAAGCUCAGAAAUAA